AUGGCCCAGAUGACAUUUUAUGGAGAUACUGAAGUUAUUGAAGAUGAUCGGGAAGGGUCUGAGGGAACUGCCGUGUUGUGUGACGACGACGAGCAUUCCGAUGGCGUGGGUACUCCUUGUACUCUGCCUUCCAUGACUUGCUUGAGUGAGUCGGGGAAGAGGGACCUUUCUCUGGAUGCUGAAGCUUGCUCCACCGCCGAAGUGGGUAGAUCAGGUUAGUUUCUUGCUUUCAUGUGAUCUCCCGCCCUCAUGGUCCAGUAUUUACUCUGUUCCUUGUUCCUGUUUUAAUUCGAUCUUGCUUUAUACAUAGGCUCGUUCAUCUUAUGCAUUCUAUUUUAUGAUUCUGACGUAUAUGCGGGAAUCAUAUCAAAUGCCCGCUUUGUGCCCACACUUUUGAGAUGGCCGCUUUGA